CUCCGAAACGCGGGGUUGUUAGGUAACGAAAUUUUCUCGUCUCCGUCGAGCGCCGGCCCGACACAGCACUUGCAAUACACUUUUCCCCGUUCCACUGGGAACACAGUUUAUCUUCCAGCUGAGAAGGCUGAAGAUUCCGUUUGCCGAUACUCGGUCAGCCGCAGCCAAAGGUACUAGUUCGCGUUUUCCUGUUCGGUGCCAGCGAUUCCAGCUUCCAAGAUGGUGCAGUAUUCCCGUCUGAUGACCGGCCAGGCCCGCAAGGUAGCCCGAUAUGCUGUGGACAUUCAGCAGCGCCAGUUUCAUGCAUCGUGCGCCGCCGCCUCUAAGGUUGCCCUCUCGAAGUUCGACCAGAAUGUCUACCUGCCGUACGAGAAGCUGCAGAAGAAUCUUGAGGUAGUGAAGAAGCGACUGGGGCGCCCCCUGACCCUCAGCGAGAAAGUGCUCUACUCGCAUCUGGAUGAUCCGGCCAACCAGGACGUUCAACGAGGUGUCUCAUACCUGCGCCUACGACCGGAUCGUGUUGCCAUGCAGGAUGCCACCGCCCAGAUGGCGAUGCUGCAAUUUAUCUCGUCCGGCCUGAAGAAGGUUGCCGUGCCUUCGACCAUCCACUGUGACCAUCUGAUCGAGGCACAAGUUGGAGGCGAGAAGGAUCUGGCCCGCGCCAAGGACAUUAACGCCGAGGUGUACAAGUUCCUCUCGACGGCUGGUGCCAAAUACGGAGUUGGCUUCUGGAAGCCCGGUUCCGGCAUUAUCCAUCAAAUCAUCCUCGAAAACUACGCCUUCCCUGGGCUGGUAAUGAUUGGUACGGACUCGCACACCCCGAACGGUGGUGGAUUGGGCGGCCUUUGCAUUGGAGUCGGUGGUGCCGAUGCCGUCGACGUGAUGGCCAACAUCCCGUGGGAGCUUAAGUGCCCGAACGUAAUUGGCGUCAACUUAACCGGCAAAAUUGGUGGCUGGACUUCGCCCAAGGACGUCAUCCUGAAGGUGGCCGAUAUUCUGACCGUGAAGGGAGGCACCGGAGCCAUCAUUGAGUAUACGGGCAAGGGUGUCGAGUCCAUCUCCUGCACCGGGAUGGCAACGAUCUGCAACAUGGGCGCUGAGAUUGGUGCCACUACCUCAAUAUUCCCCUUCAACAAACGUAUGGCCGAUUAUCUUGCCGCGACCGGUCGCUCCGGUAUUGCUGCCGAGGCUACCAAAUACCAGGGCAGUGUGCUCUCGGCUGACAAGGGGGCCAAGUACGAUCAAGUGAUCGAAAUCAACCUCGAUACUCUGGAACCGCACAUCAAUGGACCAUUCACUCCCGAUCUGGCACAUCCCAUCAGCAAGCUGAAGGACAACUCCAAGAAAAAUGGAUACCCUCUGGACAUUCGUGUCGGUCUGAUCGGUUCGUGCACAAACUCGUCCUAUGAGGAUAUGGGUCGCUGUGCAUCCAUCGCUAAGAACGCGAUGAAGCACGGGCUGAAGUCGAAGAUUCCGUUCAACGUGACCCCCGGUUCCGAGCAGAUCCGUGCGACGAUCGAGCGCGAUGGAAUCGCCAAGACGUUCAAGGAAUUCGGAGGUACCGUACUGGCGAACGCAUGCGGCCCCUGCAUCGGCCAGUGGGACCGUAAGGACGUGAAGAAGGGCGAGAAGAACACGAUCGUCACAUCGUACAACCGUAACUUCACCGGCCGUAAUGACGCCAAUCCGGCCACGCACUGCUUCGUGACGAGCCCCGAAUUGGUGACCGCACUGUCGAUUGCUGGUACACUGGAGUUUAACCCACUCAAGGAUGAGCUGACGGGAAAGGAUGGCAAGAAGUUUAAGCUCGAGUCGCCGUACGGCGAUGAGCUGCCGCAGAAAGGAUUCGACCCGGGCAUGGACACCUACGAGGCUCCUCCCUCGGAUGGUUCCGGUGUGAAAGUUGAUGUCGACCCGAAAAGCCAGCGAUUGCAGUUGUUGGAACCGUUCGAUAACUGGAACGGUAAGGAUUUGACCGAUAUGACGGUGCUGAUCAAGGUGAAGGGCAAGUGCACCACCGAUCACAUUUCGGCUGCUGGUCCAUGGCUCAAGUACCGUGGCCACUUGGACAACAUCUCGAACAACAUGUUUAUCGGCGCCACCAACAUCGAAAACAACGAAAUGAACAAAAUUAAGAACCAGGUAACUGGCGAAUGGGCCGGUGUGCCAGAUGUAGCGCGCCACUACAAGGCGAAGGGUAUCAAGUGGGUUGCCGUCGGUGACGAGAACUACGGCGAGGGUUCGUCUCGCGAACACGCCGCGCUUGAGCCACGCCACCUGGGCGGACGGGCGAUCAUCACCAAGUCGUUCGCUCGCAUUCACGAAACGAACCUCAAGAAGCAAGGCAUGUUGCCGAUGACCUUUGCCAAUCCCGCCGACUACGAUAAGGUCCAACCGCACUCGAAGAUCUCGAUCCUGGGGCUGGACAAAUUUGCGCCUGGUAAGCCGUUGGAUUGCGAAAUUAAGACCGACGGCAAGGUGGACAAGGUCAAGCUGAAUCACUCUUUCAAUGAGCAACAAAUUGAGUGGUUCAAAGCCGGAAGUGCCCUCAACCGCAUGAAGCAAAUGGCCAAGUAAAGCGGUGACCCGACGGUGCAAAGGAGAACUUAAAAUCAUGUGUGAACAUGAGGGUGCAUGAGAAGGGAAUGUUCUCGGAGAAAUUUACUUUGUGGUUAGGACGUAGGAGCGGUUCGAAUCAACCAAUUUAUGAGUCGAAAACAGCGAUCGCGAACGCGAUUGUAGGGUAACCCCAAACCAAUGAUCAGUUUUUGAACGUGUGCCGGCUUAGUCAAUUGAAAAUAUUUUUGUCACUACGUUAGGUAUCGGUUUGUAAAUAGAGCAUAGAUCCGAGGGCAUAAUCAAUGAAAUGCUACUUAAUUUGCUUCAUACAAAAAAUCGGUUCUAUAGAAACGUUAUGUUUUGUCUACACAGCGAUUCUGGAAUUGCUACGACACAAGAAAGUGGCCAAUUAUUAAACACGAUUAUUAAAUUAUUUCAAAAGUCUCUAGCGCUCAGA